UUAUUAUUUUUCCUAAUAACAAGUCUUUCUAUUCUAUGAUACAGUGACAUUUCUCUCUCAAAUUACUAGUAAGAAACCUUCCCAGCGGCCAUGUCGACACUGGUCAUAGCUGUGGUUGUCCCAGCGGUGGCGAUUCUGCUACUAAUGGUGUUUCUUUACUUGUUCAUGAGGGCGAGGAGGUCUAAUCGCCCCACCACCACCACGACAGAUGACCUUGACGCUGAGAGAUCUCAGCUACCUCACCCCAGACAGACUAGAGAAGGGCAACAAGACCUAAAGCCUCUUGCCAUUUCAUUGAAUACUAGUACAACAAUUAAUGAGAAGGUCCAAAGUUGUCAGCAGAGGGUAUUUACUUAUCAGGAACUAGCAGCUGCAACUGGUAAUUUCUCUAAUGCUAACUGCCUUGGCAAGGGUGGUUUUGGUGAAGUCUAUAAGGGAGUUCUUGAAAAUUCCCAAGUUAUUGCAGUCAAGAAGCUCAAGUAUCAGGAUGAUGAACGCAAAGAAAAAGAAUUUGAGACAGAGAUUCUGACCAUUAGUCGUGUCCGACAUCAACAUCUUGUUAUGCUGGUGGGAUAUUGCAUUGAUAAAGCUGAUAGGCUGCUUGUUUAUGAGUUUGUUCCCAAAAACUCCUUGAGAACUCAUUUGCACGGAGAGAAUAGAACCAGUUUAAAUUGGCCAACCAGAAUGAGGAUCGCUUUGGGCUCUGCAAAAGCAUUGGCAUAUCUGCAUGAAGGAUGUAAACCCAAGAUCAUCCACAGAGAUAUCAAGGCGGAAAACAUUCUCCUUGAUCAAGAUUUUGAACCAAAGAUUGCGGAUUUUGGACUUGCCAAAGAUUUUUCAAAUUCUGUUUCACACAUUUCCACGGACCCCAAGGGAACAUUUGGUUAUUUGCCUCCUGAGUAUGCCUUCGAGAGGAAGCUCACUGAUAAAUCUGAUGUCUUUUCCUUCGGCAUUGUGCUACUGGAGUUGAUCACUGGUAGAAAACCUGUCGAUGGUAAAGACAAUGAUCGGGUUAACCUAGCUGUCUGGGUGGUCCCUCAAAUUAAACAAGCUUUGGAAGAUGGCAGCUACAAAUCUCUUAUUGAUCCCAAUUUACUGGAAAACUAUGAUGUAAAUGAAAUGGGUCGAAUGGUCUCUUGUGCUGCAGCUUGUGUAUACAAACCUGCUAAGCAUCGCCCUCAAAUGAGCCAGAUAGUUGAAGCUCUAAGAGGGAACCUGCCCUCUGAGUUAUUAUGGGUCAGCAAUAAUGACACCAGUUUCUUGUACGAUGGUGCACCAUACUUGUCAUUCCCUGGAGGAGGAGGAGGAAGCUCGGAAUUUAAUUCUGAGCAAUAUAUGAACAGUUAUGCCCUAGAGAGCCAAGAGAACAGUAGGGCUGAGGAUAUGUGAUACAACUUGCAUAUAUAGGGCUUGAGUUGUACUCAUAUGAUGAUGCUGUGAGUGAAUUAUUGAAACUUUAACUGGUUAAGAAAAAGAAAAAAAAAAGAAUCUGGUUUUACAAAUAAUUUUAUAGCUAUCAUAUCAUUAUUUUUUUAA